AUGCCACCAGCAAGUGAUUGUUUCUCCAAUACCAAUACAUUUCUAUUAUUGGUGACAGGUGGUGGAAUAUUACCACCAAUGGUUGUACUCCCAAAAUCGCUCACUCAUCUAACCAUCAAGGGAGACUACGAACCUGUCAAAAUACCUCAAUCUCUCAUCAAAUUAAAGCAGGUGGCCGAUGCAUCAGUCUUUUCCUCGCUUCCUCGCCAUUUAAAAAAGGUGGCUUGGACAAAUGACAAAGAUAGAGAAUUGAUAACCAAAGUAUUCAAGAAUCCUUAUGUGUUGGGAGUGAUUUUAAGAGAAAGAGAUGAUGUCGUUUUAAAGAGUGAAGCAUUUUUAAAAGAUGUAUCACAACCAUUGCAUGUGAUGGCUGCAAGAGGUGAAUUCGAUCAUCUACGGUUUGCGAUCUCUACACUCUCUAAAAUUCAUUUCAGUCUGAUUGAACAGGCCUUGUCGAGGGCUCAGACUGACAUUACUUCAAUCUACCCCAUACUACCAAUCGAUGCUGCAGUCUAUGCUAAUCGUCUUGACAUUGCUAAUUACAUACGUGCAGUGUCAAUCCCAAAAGGUAUUAAAUCCUCUUUACUCGUUUCAAUAGAGGCUACCUAUCAAGCUGGACGACACUUGAAUUUAGAGAUGCUCAAAUUCAUCGUUCAAACAUGUCAAAUUGGAUGGAACACUCAAACCAUGUGUCAUAUCAUUCGCAGUGCAUUAAAAGAUGAAGAUGAAGAUAGAGCAUUAGAAAUGCUACAGUAUCUUCUUCAGAACAAGAUAUCGUUAAACGAUCAAACUAAUUGGGUUUGGUAUGAUGAUCAUACUAGUCCGUUAUAUGUUGCCAUCAACAUGGGUAGAGUAAGACUAGUCAAGUUCUUAUUGGAUCAUGGUCGCAUUACACCUUAUCAAAAAGUAUCGACCAUUCAAUUAAUUGGGACACCUGGAAUCUGUGCAACUCACGUUCACCAUGCCAUUAGGUUGGGAAACCAAGAAAUCAUAGCAUUGGUGUUGGGAGGUACCGACGUCAAAGAUCGCUUGCCAAUCGAUCAUCAUGGGUUCGCAGAGUUGAUUUACUCCUCUGUACACUCUAAUGAUAUGAAUAUUGUCAACAUGGUAUUGGAGACAGCCUGUCCCUUUUACAAUCAAGAUGUUGCUUUGAAAUUCACUCUACCCAAUCCAUUCCUACCAACCAUUGAAUUGUCAGAUAAAGUAUUGUUUGGAAGGAUAAAGACUGUUGAAAACUUGUUGUCACUUGAAAAGGCAAAUAGAUAUUUUAAUCCAAGUGAAUUGGUUAAACGUGGUGACUUGGAGAGAUUAAAGCAAUUGACUCUACCCAAACUAAAAUAUAUGCCAUCACAAAUGUCGAUCGUAUCGACUGUCGACACACCCAUACCAAACGUCGAGAUGAUCAAGUUUCUCGUCACCAACAAACUCAUCCGACCCGAAGGUAGAGCCUUGGAGAUGGAAACAAACCAAAACCAACUAGCCAUCAGAUUAAUGUGGAACAAUACAAUCAAGAGACAUGAAAAUAGUGGUCAACAACAACAACAACAACAACAACAACAGUCAGAUAUGGAUUCAUUAAAUUGUUUAAAAUAUUUUUUUGAAAAGAAAUUAAUUAACAAGGAGCAUUUGGUCAAUGCACUCAUCUAUUGGGAUGGUGAUCAAACCAUAUUCACAGUGAUACCAUCGUAUAUUGACCACAUCAAAAGUCUACAAAAUAAUCUUUCAAAGGUCAUCCAAGCAAAACUCAACAAUACCCAAGACCCACAACUUCCCCGUCUCAAACUGUACCUAGAUGAAAACAAUCGACCACACUUUAAACAUGGUGUCACAUUCCUUAUUGACCAUUGCACAGACAAAAAUUAUCUAGAAAGGGUUCAUUUCAAUGGUCAGUUGCCAAUUGGUCAGAUUUAUGAUCUCAUUUCAUCUACCUAUUUGUCAUUUUUUGAAUUGGUCAAUUCAUUUCCUUACCUUUUCGAAAACAGAAUCAAUUCAACAUCACUACCAUUUGCAAUCUCAUCAAAGCAAUAUGACAGUAUUCUCUACUUUUUCGACACCAUUAAAACAGAAGAAAAGUUUCCUCAAUACUCUGUUCCGAGUGCCAGCCCCACUCCAACUCAUGGUAAAUUCUGGGAGAUUUAUCCAAUUCACGUACUAUUUAAUCGUCACAAUCAACAUUGUCCAGUAACACACACAGUGUGGUAG